AACGAAGACAUCAUCAUAUCCGGGAAAUGUACAUGCCGGUGAGACAGGAGUCGUGUCUUGUAAUUUCAUCAGAAGUUUGUUUCUGUCUGUAAAUUUCUGUCUAGCAGCAGUAAUUCCAGAAUGGAGGAGGAGAAAGUUGCUCAGCAGAUGAAGGCGCUGCAUGUUGAGGAAGGGAAGAAGGACGGAGCUCAUGGGGAUAAAGGAGGGAAGAAAAAGAGCAAAGGUGCUACAGCGGAUGCUGCAGGAAAAGCAGAGCUCAACCCCCCUCCCCAGUACAUCGAGGAUCGCCUGGCCCUUUAUAACAAGCUGAAAGCAGAGCAUGAUGCCCUCUUGGCUGAGCGGGCAGAGAAGGACAGCAAGCCCAUCAAGAUCACCCUGCCCGAUGGGAAGGUGGUGGAUGGGGACUCCUGGAAGACCACCCCGUACACAGUGGCCUGCGGCAUCAGCCAAGGCCUUGCUGAUAACACUGUGAUUGCUAAAGUGAACAAUGGUGUGUGGGACCUGGACAGACCCUUAGAACAGGACUGCAGCCUGCAGCUCCUCAAGUUUGACGACGAAGAAGCUCAAGCUGUGUAUUGGCACUCCAGUGCCCACAUCAUGGGCGAGGCCAUGGAGCGCGUGUACGGUGGCUGCCUGUGCUACGGACCACCCAUCGAGAGCGGCUUCUACUAUGACAUGUUCCUGGAGAGCGAAGGGGUUUCGAGUAAUGACUUCCCCGGUCUGGAGAACCUGUGUAAGAAAAUCAUCAAGGAGAAGCAGCCCUUUGAGAGGCUGGAGAUAAAGAAGGAGACUCUCCUGGAAAUGUUCAAGUACAACAAGUUUAAGUGCAGGAUCUUGAACGAGAAAGUGACCACUCCAACCACCACUGUUUACAGGUGUGGUCCUUUAAUUGACCUCUGCAGAGGUCCCCACGUGAGACACACUGGAAAGAUCAAGGCCCUGAAGAUCCAUAAGAACUCGUCCACCUACUGGGAGGGGAAGGCGGACAUGGAGAGCCUGCAGCGAAUCUACGGCAUCUCCUUCCCCGACCCCAAGAUGCUAAAGGAGUGGGAGAAGUUCCAGGAGGAGGCCAAGAACCGUGACCACCGCAAACUGGGACGAGAGCAGGACCUGUUCUUCUUCCACGACCUGAGCCCCGGCAGCUGUUUCUUCCUGCCCAAGGGGGCGUACAUCUACAACACUCUCAUCCAGUUCAUCAGGAGUGAAUACAGGAGGCGGGGCUUCCAGGAAGUGGUCACCCCCAACAUCUACAACAGCAAGCUGUGGCAGACCUCCGGCCACUGGCAGCACUACAGCGAGAACAUGUUCUCCUUCGAGGCGGAGAAGGAGACUUUCGCUCUGAAGCCCAUGAACUGCCCAGGCCACUGUUUGAUGUUUGACCACCGGCCACGCUCCUGGAGAGAGCUGCCUCUGCGCAUGGCGGACUUUGGCGUCCUGCACCGUAACGAGCUGUCGGGGGCGCUGACGGGACUGACCCGCGUGCGGCGCUUCCAGCAGGACGAUGCCCACAUCUUCUGCACCAUGGACCAGAUUGAGAGCGAGAUCAAAGGGUGCCUUGACUUCCUGCGCACUGUCUACAACGUGUUCGGCUUCACGUUCAAGCUGAACCUCUCCACCCGACCGGAGAAGUUCCUGGGAGAGGUGGAGGUCUGGGACCAGGCCGAAAAGCAACUGGAAAACAGUCUGAACGAAUUUGGAGAGAAGUGGGUCUUAAACCCAGGCGACGGAGCUUUCUAUGGACCAAAGAUUGACAUUCAGAUCAAGGAUGCCAUCGGUCGGUACCACCAGUGUGCCACCAUCCAGCUGGACUUCCAGUUGCCCAUCCGCUUCAACCUCACCUUUGUCAGCCAUGAUGGCGAUGACAAGAAGAGGCCAGUGAUCAUCCACAGAGCCAUUCUGGGAUCAGUGGAGAGAAUGAUCGCCAUCCUGACAGAAAACUAUGGAGGGAAAUGGCCUCUCUGGCUGUCUCCACGGCAGGUGAUGGUUGUACCUGUCGGACCUACUUGUGAGGAGUACGCUGAAAAGGUUCGGCAGCAGUUCCACAGCGCGGGCUUGAUGACGGAUGUGGAUGUGGACCCUGGCUGCACCCUCAACAAGAAGAUCAGGAAUGCCCAGCUGGCCCAGUACAACUUCAUUCUGGUGGUGGGAGAGAAGGAGAAGACCAGCGACACUGUAAACGUGCGCACACGUGACAACAAGGUCCACGGAGAACGCAGCGUGACCGACUGCAUCGAGCGGCUCAAGCAGCUGAAGGACUCGCGCUCUCGCAACGCAGAGGAAGAGUUCUGAGACCCACCCUCAACCCCACAUCCCCCGCCCCCCCCCUGCCAAAUCACCCUCAAACUCGCCUGUUUCACUACGGGGCCUGUACUAGAUAGGCUUGUUGACGCGCUCAGGUGUAGGAAAGUGAACAAACCGUUUGUGCUCUGUCCAGCUUUCAGACUUGAAUUGAAAUUGUUCAUUUUGAGUUUGUUUUUUGCCCCCUUUUCCCCACGCUAUACUGUAAAAGUCAUUUUAAAGUCUUAGUCUGUGAUUUUAAAUUGUCUUCCAAGCUUUGUCUUUUUCGGUUUGGUGCCACACACCUGGUACGUCACCAAGGAACCUGACAGUGUCGUGUUGACUCACAGGGGCUCGUGUAAAGAUUGCUUAGAUGAAAUGUACUCUUUUUCAUGGUUCUUUCUACUCAUAGGAAUUCAUUGUAUACACAGCUUCAAGGAAAGAGACUUCAAGUGGGAAUGUGGUUUAAGUAUUAGUACAAAGUACUACAUCUCUCUACAAUGGCUCCAGUUGAAUACAGUUAAGCAAGCAAAAGAAAUUGUCAAGGAAUAAAAAAUAAAAGACUAUUCUUU